CCGAUAUUCCUAAGAGGGAAGAACUGGCCCAUCUUUGGAAGUGGAGGAAGAGUUCCCUCAAAGGGGCUGCAUUUCAUAAAGAGCGCCCCCAAGAGGGGGACUACUUCAACCUAGCAGAAAAAUAGCAAGAGCAAAAAUUUCAAAGCAACCCAGGCACUACGAGAAGGGGACGGUGCGCGUCUGGAGCGAUUUCCAGGCUUUUUCCAUUUCGCCUAAUGUGGCAACAAGGGAUUUAUUUCAUGGGGAUGUGUUCAAGGCAAGAGCGAAUUCAGAAGGAUAUCGACGUCGUGAUCCAGAAGUCCAGAGCCGAGAAGGACUGCCUGUUUGCAGAUUUCAGAUACUCGGACUCCACCUUUACUUUCACCUACGUUGGCGGCCCCAGAAGUGUAUCCUACUCAGUACAUGUAUCUGAAGAUUAUCCAGACAAUACAUAUGUGUCAAGUUCAGAAAAUGAUGAAGAUGUACUAGUUACAACAGAACCAAUUCCAGUAAUUUUUCAUAGAAUAGCAACAGAAUUAAGGAAAACAAAUGACAUCAACUGUUGCUUAUCCAUAAAAUCCAAGUUGCAAAAGGAAAAUGGGGAGGAGUCAAGACAAAAUAGUACAGUGGAAGAAGAUUCUGAAGGGGAUAAUGAUUCGGAAGAAUUCUAUUAUGGAGGACAGGUCAACUACGAUGGGGAACUGCACAAGCAUCCUCAGCUGGAAGCUGAUUUAUCUGCGGUGAGAGAGAUUUAUGGGCCAAAUGCAGUUUCUCUCAGGGAAUAUGGAGCCAUUGAUGAUGUAGAUAUUGAUCUGCAUAUUGAUGUGAGCUUUCUUGAUGAGGAGAUUGCUGUGGCUUGGGAACUGAUUCGAACAGAACCUAUAAUAGUUCGACUCCACUGUUCACUCACACAAUAUUUAAAUGGCCCAGUGCCCACUGUUGAUGUCUUUCAGAUUUCCACAAAAGAGCGAUUUGGAUUGGGACAUCAGCUGAAAAAGAUCAUGCAAACAUUUGUUACACAACAGUGGAAACAGAGCAAAGAAAAGUCCAGUUGCUUGCACAAUAAGAAACUGUCAGAAAAGAAAGUGAAGUCCCCCCUGCAUUUAUUUUCUACCUUGCGCAGGUCGCCAAGUUAUCCUCCCCCUGGUUGUGGGAAAAGCAAAUCCAAACUGAAAUCUGAGCAAGAUGGCAUCUCCAAAACACAUAAGCUGCUGCGGAGGACUUGUUCCAGCACGGUCAAGGCCGACGACGUGUGCUCCACCAAGUCGCACAGGACCUUUGGUCGCUCCCUGUCCAGCGAUCCCAGAGCUGAGCAGGCGAUGACAACAAUUAAAUCGCACAAACUCUUGAACCGUCCCUGCCCUGCUGCUGUUAAGCAAGAGGACUGCCUCACUCUGAAGUCGCAUAAACUAUUGACUCGAUCUUGUUCUGGAGACCCGCGAUGUGAGCAUACCGCCAACUUGAAGCCCCACAAACUGUUGAGCAGAUCCUACUCCAGUAACCUUAGAAUGGAGGAGCUGUACGGACUGAAGAAUCACAAACUGCUCAGCAAGUCUUACUCCAGCGCCCCAAAGGCAUCCAAAACCGAGCUUUUCAAGGAACCUACUGCGGAAGGCAGGAGGCUCUCUCUUACCUCAGGGCUUAUUGGUAUCUUAACACCAUCUUCAUCUUCAUCUUCCCAGCCUGCUCCUAAUGGUGCAAAAUGCAUUCCAAUACGAGACCGUGGCUUCCUCGUGCAGACAAUUGAGUUUGCUGAACAGCGGAUUCCUGUAUUGAAUGAGUACUGUGUGGUUUGUGAUGAGCCACACGUGUUUCAAAAUGGUCCCAUGCUUAGGCCUACCGUGUGUGAGCGAGAGCUGUGUGUGUUUGCUUUCCAAACGCUGGGCGUGAUGAACGAAGCUGCUGAUGAAAUAGCAACUGGAGCUCAGGUGGUAGAUUUACUGGUGUCCAUGUGUAGAUCUGCAUUGGAAUCUCCUAGAAAAGUUGUCAUUUUCGAGCCAUAUCCUUCUGUGGUAGAUCCUAAUGAUCCUCAGAUGCUGGCCUUUAACCCCAGGAAGAAGAACUAUGAUCGAGUAAUGAAAGCACUGGAUAGCAUAACUUCCAUCAGAGAAAUGACACAAGCACCAUAUCUGGAAAUCAAGAAGCAGAUGGAUAAACAGGACCCCCUUGCACAUCCCCUACUGCAAUGGGUUAUUUCAAGUAAUAGGUCACAUAUUGUGAAACUGCCAGUCAACAGGCAAUUGAAGUUUAUGCAUACCCCACACCAAUUCCUUCUUCUCAGCAGUCCACCAGCCAAAGAAUCCAAUUUUAGAGCUGCUAAAAAACUCUUUGGAAGCACCUUUGCGUUUCAUGGCUCACAUAUUGAGAACUGGCACUCCAUCCUGAGGAAUGGUCUGGUUGUCGCCUCUAAUACACGACUGCAGCUCCAUGGUGCGAUGUACGGAAGUGGGAUCUAUCUUAGUCCAAUGUCCAGCAUAUCAUUUGGUUACUCAGGGAUGAACAAGAAACAGAAGGUGUCAGCCAAGGACGAGCCUGCUUCAAGCAGUAAGAUCAGCAGUGCAUCACAGUCACAGAAAAAAGGACAGCAAUCCCAAUUCCUGCAAAGCCGUAACUUAAAAUGCAUAGCCUUAUGUGAAGUGAUCACCUCACCUGACCUGCACAAACACGGAGAAAUUUGGGUUGUCCCAAAUACAGAUCAUGUCUGCACACGGUUCUUCUUCGUCUAUGAAGAUGGCCAAGUGGGAGAUACAAAUAUUAACACACAAGAAGGUGGCAUUCACAAAGAGAUCCUCCGAGUAAUUGGUAACCAGACUGCUACUGGUUAAAAGACCACCGUUUAAUUAAUGUGAUUUGAAAGCCUUCCUCGGGUUCAAAGCUGGAUUUUGAACUGAAGAAGAUAACACAAUAAUUUAUUGUUAUUGUAAACAAAAUUAACCCUUUGAAUACUGUUUUUUUUUCUUAGCAUUUCUAAGUAUCUCAUUAAAUACUUAAAGUGGUAUAAAAUUUACCAAUUGUAGGGUUAUGGAAUCUAGUAAUAAAAAUUAAAUCAGCACUUAAACUGAAGUUGGGUUGCAUACACAAUAAACAGAUUGAAACAACAGUUUUGUGCUGAUAUUUUUAUAUUAAAUUCUUUAAUUGGACAUUUGGUUAUUAUAUACCAACAUUUUAGGUUACUAAAAUAGAACUGGUAACAUUUUCUAAUGGCAUCUAAAUCUAUCGGAUACUUUGCAAUAAGUAUAUUGUUUGCACGUUCUGAUGUGCGAUAUAAUUAGUGGUAUGAAUAUUCAAAUGUUUUGGGAGGGAUAUUGCCUUUUCUCCUAUUUUGGUUAUAAAAAGAAAUAAAAGUGCUUUGCUUUCAAAAAAGUAUGUAAUAUACAUAUAUGUAGUUUCAUGCAUCAAGAUGUGUGGCUGUGCAGAUAUGUGUGAAUAUUCAUACAUAUAUAUUUUGACAAGAGAGAUGGGAUAUCUUUACCAUUCUGUCCUUACUCAGUGAAAAGAAGAUAAUACUCAGUAAGCAGUAAACCAACACAGUCCAGGAUAUGAGCCAAAUUAUAACUGUCCAUUCACAAAACUAUUUGCAGACAGUUUUUUUAUUUGUUUAAAGAAGUGUCCCUUUGGUUACAAUUUAGCUUAUUUCAAGUGUGAGUCAUAAUUUGGGGAUAAUAGAGGCCCUGGUGGACUAAAUCCAUAUUCAAGUGAUCUUAUGUUUAACGGAAAGGCCUCAGAAUCGAAAGAAACAUUGUAUACAUUUUAUUUUCUACAAAGGACAUUUAAAAUUUAUUUAUACCACACCAGCAUUUUAUAUUUGUUCAUUUAAUACCUCUGCUUAAUUUUUUUCAUAUUGAGAAAGAAAAACUUUGAAGUUUCUUUUAUAUUAAAAGAACACAAAUAAGUUUAUAGAGAACAGUAACACCAGCUCUCAACGUUUCCCUUUCCAGAAUCCUGUGCUCAUCAAAAUCUUUCUAUUUCUUUUGAGUCCUAGAGUUAUUCAGGUUUUAACUGGCAAUGUUUGUUUUCCUCCAUGGUGUCUUUGGAAUUAGGCCAUUCAUGAAAGCAGUUUAAUUAGUGAGUCUGCCACUCUAUUUAAACCCUGAAUCAAGGCUCUUAUCUGCUUUUAGUUUGUGUAGGAAGAAAAAAAAAUACAAAUGUGUAAUCAUUUGCAAGUAUAAUGUGGUAACUUCAGUGUUUAUUUCCUUUUUCUGGCAUAAAAGAUGAGAAAAAGGUCGUAAAAGUUGUCAAGAGUCGCAGUUUAGGAAAUGUUUAAUAAUCAUUUGUUUUUCUUACACUGUAAGUGAGUGAUAGGCCAUUUGUGCAGAAUGACUGGAAGAGGUUGGGACACUAACCAUUUUGAUAGUAUCUACCCAAGACACUGAUGUGCUGUGACUGGUGCCUCCGAACACAUGGCCAGUCCGUGGAAUAGCAUUAGUAUGGGAGGGCCGAUCUACUGUUUCUGAACUCGGUGUCUAAAGACUUGGUGUGAGAUGAGGGAAUAGCAUCCUGCUUUUGGCCACUGUAACUAUGUUUUUGGAAGCAUUUUUAGGCAGCAGAAUCAGUUUUAAUUCUGUAGGACACUCCAUGCAUGGCAUCAGUGUGAAGAUGUCGUGCAGGAUUUGGGAGCCAUGGCUUUAGAGCCCUCCCCUGUUGUCAGGCACUAAGCCUUGCCUCUGGAAGCUCCCAGCACAGUGUGAAAACCACCAGCCUAAUCCAUUCUGGUCUCCUUAACAUUUGGAUGACCUGUAGAGGAUACAGUAUUGGAGUCUGAACUGGAAGGUAAUUUAAAACUCAAAGGAAAUUAUUUAGGAGAAAAGAAAACAGACAUAAUGAAAACUUGCAUUGCCAACUUAAAAGCAGAUUCACCUGUCUGAAGGAGUGUUGUUAGUUCAGUGCCCAUUAUAUGUAACAGCACAGUAUGUCUCUAUUAUGAUUCAUGUUAGUCAAAUAAGAUAUCUUAUAAUGAUAACCGAGUUGUAGAACAAUAUAGAAUGACAGGUUUGUUUCCAAAAUUGUAUCAGAACCUCUGUAAGCAGUUAUUUUAAGGAGAAUGGGUCGUCAUUGAACUUUUUGAAAUUGGCAAUAUUAUGGUAGACUGAUGAAGAUGCUUAUCUAUUCAUCAGAAGACAAACUCCUUUUACUACUGCAAGUGAAUAUGCUUCUGAAGUCCAAGUGGAUCCUUAAAAUUUAGAGAUUUAAACAUUCAUCUUGCCUUGAUUCAGUCACCCCAUUAAGAUAGUGUUUUAACUUAUUUGAUGACUCCAAACAUCUGACAUUGUAUUGUAUUUUAAUAAUCAUUGGAAAUGUGUGCGUUGAUGUUUUGUAAUAGCUCUGUUAAUUGUGUAGCCAUUGCUCUUAGAUCACAACCCAGCAAAGGCAAUCAUUUAUUUUCAUUUUUAAAGUAUGAAAAAAGGUUCAUAGUUUAUUUGUUCUCCUUUUUCCUACCUUACUGGUUUUGUAAACAUUUCACUAGGAAUAAUUUGUCCUCUUGCAUAAAAGACAGGAAAAUGAUUGAAUAUUUGAGAUAGGAAAAAAUAAUAUACAAUCAUCUCAGUAUACUAUAGAAUGCAUUAUAGUAAGUCAUUUUUGGUGUCAUAGAAUACAUUAUAUUGGAAAAAAUUCUAUAUCUGUUGCUCUGUAUAUCUCAGUCAAAUAUUGGAUUUUUAAACUAUAAUUUUAAGAAUAUCGCAUCUAAAAGUUCCUGUCAAAUGCUACAUGAUAGUUUAACAAACUUACAGCCCCAACAAUUUAUUAAUCUUGUAAAUAUUUCUCAUUGAAGAUUUCGAAGAAAAAAAUUCUGAAUUUUUCUCUCCUUUGCUCAAAGAGAAAAUCUUUAACAUGCAAGUCAAUGAAUCUUUAGUAUCACUGAACAAAUUUUCAAAGUACUUUAUAUAGUAAAAUAUUUUUAAAACCAUAAUUUAGGGCAUAAAGUUUCAGAAAUUAUGAGAAAUUCACCUCCCUUAUGAAAGAGUCUCGAUGACUUUGUGUAGAGAGAUAUGUAACACUGAACCAUCUACCUUCUCAAAUAAGAUUUGCUGAUGGCAUUUGAAGCACAUUUUAGAAAUUUUAUGACAUUCUAUUGUCCUGCAGGAUUUUUCAUUACAACACUACCUCAAGACAAAUAAUAGACUGCUUGUUAAAGUAAACUGGAUUCUAGUGUGAGAAAAAUUUCUGUUCAGUACUGUUUGUACUAACUUUCAAACAAUAGCCGUCAAAUCAACAAUUAAGACCGUGCUGGACAAAGAUGUUGUCAGUUACUUCUUAACUCUGCUGUAACAUGGAUCUUUCAACCACUAGUGGUGAGUGACAUCCCUGGCACCCUGUGAGUUACCUGAAGGGGUUUCAAGUUGCGAAAUUUGAAAUUAGUUCUUUUUGAGAUUAGUUACUGUCACAUGGGCCAAUUUUAUGUCCACUCACCCAUAGCCACAAAUUGUUGCCCACUCUAGAGUUAAAGGAUUAAAAGACCUAACUGCUAUGCCAGAAUAGCAGAAUGAGCAUUCAAGCAUUUUGGCAUUUAAUACCUGCUGAGUUUUUGCCAGAUUAUACAUAAAUUUGAUGUAUAUUAUUACCCAGUAAAUUUUUCUUCGGGAUUUUGUACACGCUGUGAAACGUAGGAUAAGAUUUUGUAGGUUAAAAGUAUUUCAAGUAGUUUUUAGACAAAACAUACUCAUGAGUGUGAAAAAGAUGUGUUGAAGAAUAGAUUGCAUUACACAUUUACCAGCGAGUUGGUAAAAAAUAGUGCUUAUUUACAUAGUCUACAUAAUUUAAUGUUCUAAAAAUAAUUUCUUUACUCUACCCAAAAUUUAAUGUAUCAUGAGAUUUAAAACUCGCAGCCACUCCUUUAUGUAAAUGUUACAAUAUGCCUGUGUUUCUUUACGCAAACUUCUUUACAAUACAUUUCUUGAUUUUUGUGCACAAAAUAGUAUUGCAACCUGCUAUUUAGCCUUUGGUGCCUUAGAGUUAUUAUAAAUAUUUAACAAUAUGUACAUUAUGUAAAUACUGCCAAGAGAUCACUAAGGCCAAAUAUUUUCUCUAUUCACUUUUUAUUGCACUUGCUUUUUAUUGCUACUUAAGCCUCUUUUAUCCAGCUUUGUAAUAGUUCUAACAUUGUAGCCAAUGUAAAUGUUUACUUUCAAUAAAUCUGAAUUUGUUCAACAAA